AUGCUUGGGCGUUGGGCCCUUAUCUUGAUAGCCUUUGUACAGAGCCAUGCAAACCGACUGCGUCUCGCCGGUGAGCAGCUCGAGCAGGGUGACUGGCUGGUUUCCAGGCUGCUGAACGCGCGGAUGUGGACUUGGAACUCCGGGAAGGCCGACUUGAAGGAGGAAGCUUUGAGGCUCUCGCAGAUCGAAGCAGACUUCAUCGUUAGCUGCCAAACGGAGGCAUCGAAGCCGCUGCGCGACUGGAUGCCGGCACAGUGGAAGGAAGUGGCACAUGGGCAGCACUGGGGUGCUGCUGGCGGCAACAUCAACGCUCAGAUGGCUUCCUUGUUUGCGCGGCGUCCGCUCAAUGGCGAGUUCAUCGGCAACUCUUCCGAGGUGAUCUCAAUGACACCGUGGAGUAGCGUCCUAGGACCUGAGCACCACAUCGCUUUCGCGAAAGCCGAUGCGUCAUCAGAAGUCUUGCUCUUCAGCACCCAGACACAGGUCUUAGCCUCGGACUACAAGGGAAAGGGCGGUGUGGCCAUGACGCUCAGCUUCCCUGCAUCUCCGGCACGGCCCGCCACGCGCGUGGACUUCAUUUGCGCCCACCUCGACAGCGAGUCCGCAAACAAGCGCCACAUGGGCAUCACUUACUUGUUGUCCAAACUGCGAGCCCGUGACAAGAAGAGCAAGAUUCUGAGCGAGGAAGUGAUCUCGAAAUCGGGUGAGCUCAAAAAACCCUGUGGCAUUUUCGAUCGAGAUUCCCCCACCUGUGACCUUCCUGAAGUCGAAGGCCUAGACGAAGGACCAGAUGCAGUCAUCAUGCUUGGUGAUCUAAAUUUCCGCCUACGGCAAGGGGAGCUUGGGGAAAGCGAAAAUCCACUUAGCACCAUCGAAGCACAGCUCUUGUCCCCAGCUGGUCGUCGCAAGCUUGCGGCAAACGAUCCGCUCUGGGAUCAGAGUCCUUUUGCUGAUAGUUUGGUGAAGUCGGUGGAAGACAACUCUGGAUUCGGCUUCACCUGCAACGAGCCUUACACCGAUUACCUUCCCACUUACAAGCGUCAUGGUGCACAGGAGUGCAAACUUCUCGGAGAGAAGCUUGCCAAUUGCGGUGGUGCAGACCAUCGGCAAGAAAGCGCGUCUUAUUGCCACAUGGACGAGCUACUGAACUUGACGAGGAACUGCUACAUGAAGCCUAGCAAGAAAGACGGAAACUUGACCUGGGCAGCGAAGCACGAAGAUUUGCAACUGGGGUGGCUAGACCGCUUCUGCUUUAGAACCACGAGAAGAGGGUCAGAGUCAGAAUUGAGCCUUUCAUUGAAAGACAAUGCAGGCUGGAUGGAUUAUCCGGGAGCCGCAGACGGCCAAAAUGGUUCUGAUCACAUGCCGGUGGAAGCGAUGCUGCAGAUUGGCCAUGCAAAGUGCUCCUGCCCUGCAGCUAGCGACGGCAUCAUGAUAGAAGGCUGUGACAACGCAACAGUCGCCGGCCCCGUUUUUCGGACCGGCGAGCUCACUUCAGUCCGAUGCGAAGGAGAUUCGUGGAUGGUAGAUAAGCAUGGCCGCCAUGUCGAGUCCAUCAUGUUUCAGUGUCUUCACGAUGGAUCAAUCGCACCUGUGGACCGCCGGUCCGAGAUCUUCGAUUGGACAUGCCGUAAAGUUUGCAAAGGUUAUGCAGGCCCUGGUCCAGUGAUGGAUGGCGCGCUGGUCUAUCCAUCCUGUCCCGAUCCUUCCCUGGUGUAUUUGGGAGCCACUGUCCUUCGUUGCAGAGACGGCCACUUGGGCACCUUGGCGGCGCACGAAGUCAUGCCAAGUUGUGUAAAGAGCUGCCACGUCCUUCCUCCCUUAGCGGGGGAUGCUUGGGUGAAGUCACAGUUGCCUGCUUCAGAGCAGCUUCUCUCGGGAGAUCACGCACGGGAAAUUCGGUCCCGCUUCGCGGAAAGCAAAGUCUUGGUGCUUGACGGCGGCGAGCAGCACUAUGAAUGCCAAGGGUCCUGCACAGUCUUGGGCACAUCUACAGCCAAAUGCAUCGAGAGUGAAAUGCAGCCAGCCAUUCGCUGCGCCUGUCGGCUUACAUUGGUCGUUCAGUCAGCAGUCUUCUCAAACAAGGAGCUGCAGUCUCAGGUCGACUACGUCAAACUUCAAUUCUUCAACGGAGCCACAACAGAAGAGCAGCUAGAGCAAAUGAGGCAAGGCAGUAAGUAUGUCGCGGCCAUGAAGUUCAGGCUUGAUGAGCUGCCUAAGUUGGGCAAAGAGCUCGAAAACCUGGCUGACCUGCAGGCUCAUGUGACUCUGUGUUCAAAGACAGCCGGGAGGAAGCGGCACUACUUCUCCUCAUGUCGCAUUCUCGCUGAGACAGACUUGCACCAUGCACAGUCCAUCAAGAAGCUCCUAGGGCAGGUCACUUCCACAGAAGGGCCCCUCACAGUGGACUUCAGAUUGAACGCGACAAGUGUGAAGUUGCAGUUCCACUACUCUGCAGCCGACCCGUCCGUGAAAGCAGAAGUGAGGCCGCAUAGCUUCUAG